GGUGGGUUGGAUGGGGUAAUGAUUCCGUGGAGAAUGCGUUAUCUGCUCGAACUCAAGCUAAUAGGCUUCACUGACCAGAACAAGCACGUUGCUGAGAUGCUCACGGUAAAAGGUGGAACCGGUAGUAUCGUGGAAUAUUUUGGACCCGGUGUGGAUUCAAUCUCAUGUACUGGCAUGGCCACAAUUUGCAACAUGGGUGCCGAAAUCGGGGCCACUACCUCCGUGUUCCCGUUUAAUCAUCGAAUGGAAGAGUAUUUGCAUGCAACAAGCCGUCAAGGGGUUGCCGAAGAGGCAAAAAAAUACCAAGAAACGUUGCUCAGUCCCGACCAGGGUUGCGAGUAUGAUCGGCUGCUCGAAAUCAAUCUGGACACGCUCGAGCCACACGUUAAUGGACCUUUCACUCCGGACCUGGCUCAUCCUAUCUCCAAGCUGGGGGAGCAUGCCAAACAGCAUAAUUGGCCAUUGACUAUUUCUGUUGGUCUAAUCGGCUCGUGUACCAAUUCCUCGUACGAGGACAUGACCCGAGCAGCUAGCCUUGCUCGACAAGCGGCCCAAAAGGGAUUGAAAGUUCGCUCUNUAGAAGUGUUUAACCAGAUUGGCGGAUCAGUGUUGGCCAAUGCAUGCGGUCCUUGUAUUGGUCAGUGGUCCCGAAAGGUACAUCAAAUGUUCCUGGCCCACUGCGAAUCCCUUAUUAUUCGUGUGCAUCUGCAUUUCUUUUGCUUAGGGGACACACUACCGACUCGUGGAUUCGACCAAGGCAAGGAUACAUAUCAGGCUCCGCCAGCUGAUGGGUCCGGAAUCACGGUUCGAGUCGAUCCAAAAAGCAAUCGUUUGCAACUACUCGACCCGUUCCCCAAAUGGGAUGGAAAAGAUUUGGAGAAGAUGACCGUGUUGAUCAAAAUUAAGGGCAAAUGCACAACUGAUCACAUCUCGGCCGCCGGUCCGUGGCUGAAGUACCGUGGCCAUUUGGACAAUAUCUCGAACAAUAUGUUCAUCGGCGCGGUGAAUGCGGAGAACGGAGAGAUGAACAAAGUGUUGCAUCGUCCUUCUGGACAGUGGGACAGUGUUCCCGCGGUCGCUCGCCGAUACAAAGCCGAAAAUAUCGCUUGGUGCGUGGUCGGGGACGAGAACUACGGGGAGGGAAGCAGUCGCGAGCAUGCCGCAUUGGAACCACGUCAUCUGGGCGGCCGUGCAAUCAUUGUAAGGAGUUUUGCCCGUAUCCACGGUAGGUCAUCCAGCCCGUUUUCCCCGUCUAUUUUUUAUUUUCUGUUUAUAACUAUCACGGGUUCAACACGUGCCACUUUUAAAACAAGCUCCCCAGUUGCAACACCGGGUAAAAUCGUUUGGGCAACUCUCUCAGAACCAAUGAAUCAAUACUAUAAUUUGAUGUUUGUAGGUGGGUUCGAUGCUAUUAACUGCAGCAACCGUGACUUGGGUGUCUUUGUUGGAUUGUUUGCAAUAAGCAGUAUAUAUAUAUAUAUAUAUAUAUAUAUGAACUAA